AUGCAGGGUCACGGGAUGUGUUUGAAACUCUUUCUUGCAAUUGCGCUGCUUUUGCUACAGUGCGUCCAAGGCGGAGAAGUUAGUCGCAACCACAGGGAUGCUAACGUGACCGGGAGGUGCAUAGAGAAGGAAAGGCAAGCACUCCUUGCAUUCAAACGUGGCCUGGUGGAUGAGUCCAAUUUCCUCUCUUCAUGGGGUUCAGAAGCCCAGAAACAAGAUUGUUGCAGAUGGAUAGGAGUCUCUUGUAGCAACCAAACAGGUCAUGUUCUUCAACUUGACCUUUCAUACAAAGUUGUGGGCGCACAUUCAUGGGAUAAUUCUUUAUUGGAAGGUAAGAUGAUUAGUCCUGAACUGAUUGAGUUGCAGCAUUUACACCAUUUGGACCUUCGUGGGAUUAGUUUCAAUGGGAGACAAUUUCCAGAUUUCAUUGGUUCUCUAUCCAAUUUAAGAUACCUUGAUAUGUCUAACACUCUUUUUGGAGGCAAGUUUCCAAGUCAGGUCGGAAAUCUUACAAACUUGCAGCAUCUGGACUUGAGUUUAAAUGACUUUACAAAUGCAGAAAAUCUCGAUUGGCUUCCUCUUCUUUCGUCAUUAAGAUAUUUGGACUUGAGUGGCACGAAUCUCAACAAUGUUUUCAAUUGGGCGGAAGUCAUUAAUAAGCUUCCUGAACUAACAAACUUGACACUAGUUGGUUGUGAUCUUCCUUCUCCAAUUUUUUUCACUAUUUCUUACAUAAACUCUUCUAAAUCUCUUGCUAGCGUUGACCUUUCUUCCAACCAAUUGAGUACUUCUUCAAUAUUUCUAUGGUUGUCCAACUAUAAUACCAGCCUUGUUGAUCUUGACCUCUCUAAUAACCUUCUAGCUGGUUCAAUUCCUGAUGUUUUGGGAAACAUGAGCUCUCUGGCACAUCUUAAUCUCUUGGACAACCAACUUGAAGGAGGGGACCCGCAUUCUUUUUCCAGAUUUUGUAGUUUGCAAUCAUUGGAUCUCUCUGGGAAUGAUCUUGCAGGGUCAUUACCUGAUCUUACAAACCUUUCAUCUUUGGCAGCCUUGUAUCUAAAUGACAAUAAAUUCAGCGGAGUAAUUUCAGGAACUCAUAUCUCAAAACUCUCCAAAUUACAGUUUUUGGAUCUCUCUUGGAAUGAUCUUGCAGGGUCAUUACCUGAUCUCACAAACCUUUCAUCUUUGGCAGCCUUGUAUCUAAAUGACAAUAAAUUAAGCGGAGGGAUACCUGACAGUAUAUGGCGAUUGUCGAAGCUUACAACUAUUGAUUUUGGCAGCAAUUCUUUGGAAGGAGCGAUUUCAGAAACUCAUUUCUCAAAACUCUCCAAAUUACAGUUUUUGGAUCUCUCUUCGAAUGAUCUUGCAGGGUCAUUACCUGAUCUCACAAACCUUUCAUCUUUGGCAGCCUUGUAUCUAAAUGACAAUAAAUUAAGCGGAGGGAUACCUGACAGUAUAUGGCGAUUGUCGAAGCUUACAACUAUUGAUUUUGGCAGCAAUUCUUUGGAAGGAGUGAUUUCAGAAACUCAUUUCUCAAAACUCUCCAAAUUACAGUUUUUGGAUCUCUCUUCGAAUGAUCUUGCAGGGUCAUUACCUGAUCUUACAAACCUUUCAUCUUUGGAAGUCUUCAAUCUAAAUGACAAUAAAUUAAGCGGAGGGAUACCUGAAAGUAUAUGGCGAUUGUCGAAGCUUACAACUAUUGAUUUUGGCAGCAAUUCUUUGGAAGGAGUGAUUUCAGAAACUCAUUUCUCAAAACUCUCCAAAUUACAGGUUUUGGAUCUAUCUUUUCAAAACUCUUCUAACUCACUAGGUUUAGACAUCCAUGCUGAUUGGAUUCCUCCUUUCCAGCUGGACCGUAUAAUUUUGGCGUCUUGCAAGAUGGGUCCGUAUUUCCCAAAGUGGCUUCAAACUCAAAAAAAUUUCUCAUACCUUGAUAUUUCUGAUGCUGGAAUUUCCGACAUCCUUCCAAGUUGGUUUUGGAGUUUGUGUCGUAAUGUGGAAUAUAUGAAUCUCACAGGCAACCAAAUUAGAGGUUCAUUUGCAGAUUUGACAUUGGAAUUUUCACAUUCCCCUGCACUAUGUCUGAGUUCUAACAAGUUGGAAGGUCCAAUCCCCUCAGUUCUAUCAACAGCCUCAUAUUUGGACCUCUCUCAUAAUAAACUUUCAGAGUCAAUUUCGUUCUUGUGUUCAAGUGCAGCUAUUUCUUUAUCCUUUCUUGACCUCUCAAGCAACAAUUUUUCUGGACAAGUUCCAGAUUGCUUGACACAUGUGGAGUAUUUAGUCAUGCUUGAUUUGAGUUUUAAUGCUUUGUCCGGGAAAAUUCCUACAACAAUAGGCUCCCUAUUUCAUAUUGAAACACUCAAAUUGAGAAGCAAUAGAUUUGUGGGACAAUUGCCUUCGUCGUUGAAGAAUUGCAGGAGUUUAAUACUCGUUGAUGUUGGGGAUAAUAAAUUAUCUGGACCCAUACCUAAAUGGUUAGGGGUUAGCUUAAAGAAUUUGGUUGUCUUGCUGCUUUCGUCUAAUCACUUCAACGGAAGCUUGCCCACACAAAUAUGCCAUCUAACAGACAUUCAAAUUUUGGAUUUCUCCAUGAACAACAUCUCUGGAAGCAUACCCAAAUGCCUCAACAAUUUAGCUACUCUGGCUCAGAAAGGAAAUCCAAGUUUGGACAUCGAACAUCCUGUCUCCUCUGGCGGCCCAAUAACUGGCGCCUCACCACCUGCUGCUUAUGCUUCUGUGGAAAGUCCGUAUGUGGAUAAUGCAACCAUCAUGUGGAAGGGAAGAAAGCAGACAUACAAAAGAACUUUGAGGCUUGUGAAGACAAUUGAUUUGUCAAGUAAUAGAUUAACAGGGGAGAUUCCAAGUGAAAUUACUCAUCUUGUUGGAUUGGUUUCUUUAAACCUGUCGAGAAACCAAUUAACAAGUCAAAUAACUCCAGAGAUUGGAAACUUGCAGUCACUGGAUGCCCUUGAUUUGUCAAGAAACCAGAUAGAAGGACGAAUUCCAACAAGCCUUGCUCGGAUAGAUCGUCUUGGUUUCUUGGACUUGUCAUUUAACAACUUAUCUGGCGAAAUUCCAAUCGGGACUCAGCUCCAAAGCUUUGAUCCCUCUGUUUAUGCUGGAAAUCCUCAACUCUGUGGAGCUCCACUUAAAAAGAUGUGUGCUGCUCAACAUGUGCAAACUGACUUGAGGAAUCAAGAGGAUGAUAAGGAUGACCUUAUAACACUAGGAUUUUACAUCAGUAUGGGGGUUGGGUUUGCAGCUGGAUUUUGGGGAGUUUGCGGCACUUUGAUAUUCAAGAGGUCAUGGAGAUACGCAUACUUCAAGUUCCUGAAUGGUUUAAAUGAUUGGCUUUAUGUGAGAGUAGCUUUGAUCAAGCGGCAAGUCAAGGAUAUGCUGAAUAGAUAAGCUCUUUAGCUCCAGCAUCUUCAGAGUCGGAGGCAACCUCCAUGCGUCAGUUGACUUGAAGAGUGCGUAGUUGCCAUGGAAGCAAUGAUAUAUCUGCACAAGUUUUCUAGUAUUGGUUUAAAUGAUUGGCUUUGUUUGAAAUAAUAUUAAUAACGAUUUGCUACUGUAUCUUUGUUUCUGAGCACUUAUGUAGUGGGAAUUUUCCUUGGUAAAUGAUUUGUUAGUGUG